AUGGUCGACGUCUAUUUGAAGCUGAACGACACGACGAUGAAGAUGUUCGAGGAGAUGCGCGAUCGGAUCAUCACCGAGGAGCUCGCCGAGUUCGAGCAACCGAAACCACCGGCGCAAUCGUCGAGCCAUUUGGACUCGCCGCUCUCGAUUCAGCAACUCCUUCGGAACACCAUUAGCAAUUCGGCGGGACCAUCGAACGCGUGCCUCAACCCGUUUGCCGCGCCCGCGCCACCGCUAAUGAAUCCGUUCCAAUUGGCGCUUUGCCAAUCGCUAGCCACCACCACCAGCUUCUCACCACCAGCUUCUCGCCAUUCCCCACACUGA